UCUGCAAGAAGAUCUAAUGCUUUUAUUGCCUGGAUCUUUCCAGAUUUCAAGAAAAAGAUCCACUUUAAAGUCAUCCGGAACCCGGGGGACUUAGUUCAGUUCAUCCAUGACUUGAAACAGAAUGCCAAGAAGAGCAAAGAGAAGUCUAGUGAAUCAGAGGAAGCAUCGCCAGAACCGCCCUCAAAAAGUGAGCCACCAGUGGGAACGGAGCACCUGGAAGAUGAGGCCCAGGAUGAUGAUGAGGAUGAGGAAGAUCUGCUAGGGAAGUUUGAGAAGGAGCUGGAAGAUAUCUUGCUGCCUAACUCUGAAAUGGCCAAGCUGAAAGAAGAGGUGAAGUCUGAGAUGGAGAAGGAGUUUGAUCACAUUAUUGAUGAGGUGGAGGAUGAGCUGGAAACGGAAGGCCUGAAAGGUGAGUUUGAUCGAAAACAAGCCUCCAAGUCUUUGGCUUCAACCCUCAACAAACUCAUUGACAAGCUGGAUUCUGGCAAAGUCCCAAAUAAGGGGGAUAAGGAACAGGAGCGCCCUGAGGAGGAAGAGGAGAUGUCUGCAGGAGGCAGUGCUGCUAAGGAAAGGGCAGCCAAGCCAGCAACAGAUGGCGACCCAGACGGGCGCGUGAAAGUCAGGGUCACUAAAGUAAGGCCAGGUAGCGCUCGGCAGAAGGAGCUGCGAGUCCAAGAGAUGAGCAGGGACAACCCGCAGCUGCGCCACAUAGAGAGUGUGGUUAAGGACCUGUUGGAGAAGGAAGGCCUGAAGGCAGAAGGUAAAAUUGAAAUCAAGAUUGUGACAACGGGUGGCCUUGGGGAGGAGGAUGACACCCACUGGCUGUCAGAAGAGGACACCAAGAACCUCAAGGACAUUUUCUUCAAUAUUUUGAUCCAGGGCACAGAGGAAGCUCACAAGGAGCAGAGGCGGCAGCGCCAGCUGGAAGACAACUACCGUUUUGUGUGGGGGCGCAGCCAGGAAGAGCUGCCCACUGCCGGCGGCACCGACUCCGACGAGCUGGAUUUCUGAACUGUGCCAACUGUCCAAACUCAGACGAUGGUGGCUGUUCCCUUGCAGGACUGGGCCGGCGCCUCCUGGCUGUGUUGCCGGGAGAACCAGCACGCUUCCCCACUGAGCAGAAUCCCCUUCGAAUGUGCACAAGGCACGCGUGAGGGGCGCCCCCUUUUCACAGGGGCAGACUGUCCUGGUCAGGCCCUCUGCUGUGGCGUGAGUUUGCCUGAGGCACCCCAGCCACGCUUUCUCAGCACAUUGUUUCCAGGAGCUGCCUCCAGUGGCAGCAGUGGCAUUUCCACGGGUGCCAGGCUCUUGGCCUCAGUUUCCUGCCAGUGGCGCUCACCCUCGGGACGCAGACGGCAGGCAGCUCCCUGGCCUUUCCUCUGUGGGAGCCAUGUGCAGCUGAGGCCUUGGCCUGGAACUGCUCGCUCCCCCAUGCAAAGGAGAGCCCUCAGGAGAAUCCCUUUGGGUCAGUGCAAUCUGGAGUUGGGGUGAAGACCUGGAACCGGCGCCCAUCUGCUUCUCACACACUCAGCCUUGUGUGCUUUGGAGGAAACAUCAGCCCCGGGCUUGUGUGGAUGGCUGAGUGUCACCUGCGUGCCUUGAAAUGUUGAACUGGAGGAGAGGGUGCUCUUUCCCUUUCCUGUUCUGGCCUUUUCUCAGCAUCCCUCCUCUCUUGAUAUGCUCCUGAAGCGUUUCGUGGGCUGAAAGCGGCUCUUCCCCAUCAUACCAACUGCUCCCUGCCCACCUUUACACUUGCGCAGAACCAAUCUGGCAUGCAGGGAUGCAGCCUUUGGCCAGCGAUAGCAGGAAAGAGAGAGUGCAAAGGGAAGGAAGGGGUGGGGGAGAGAAGGAUGCAGGAUGCUGCUCCCGAGCUGCAUCGUCUCACCUGCACCAGGCCUUCGACGGAGGAGCGUGUGGACUGCAUAAAAAUGGAACCUCCCCACAAGUGCAGGCUGGCUCCUCCAGGCUGCUCUUGCAGUGAGAAAUGAGCCACUGCAGAUUCUGAACAAUCGGCCACUGAACGGGUGACUGGAGGUGAGGAAUCACUGCCUGCCCGGGGAAGGAGCGAUGCCAGAAGACUCCUGCCACCUUGCUGACUUGGCAUAUGUGGGACGAUUCUCAAUUCACUUUUCUAUCAAAUAAAUCCAGAUCGACCCAGCCUA